AUGUCACAAAACAAGAUUAAGUUUCAAUCACCUUUUUUACAUGUUCUCAUAAGACGAUCAUUUUUUGAUAAAUUACAAGACAAUAAAGCAAUAGAAAAUGAUAUUCACGAUAAAAACCUACAAAAGAAUUCUUUUCAUCAUUUUCCACCUAAAUCAACUUUACUUCAUCAAACAUUUCCUAUACUUCAAAAUGAAAAUGAUAUUUCAUUGCUUAAUAAUAAACAACUUCAAGGAAAAGCAAAAUCAACCAUAAAUCAUUCUUUAGAAAAGUUCACAAAAAAUCAAGACAUUAAUAUAUCAAUAGAUAAAAAACAAAAUUCAUCCUUAUUAAUUAAACAACAAGAUUUCAACAAGAUUGAUCACACUUAUUACGUUUUUGAUGAAUAUAAUUCAUUAUAUCCUAUGGAUGUACCCGUCAAGUAUGGCUUUCAAAUGCGUUCAUUGAUUGAAAAUAACCAUUUACCAUUGUGGCGAUUCAGUAAUCAAGAUAAAAACCAACUUAUCUUUAAUCUCUCAAUCAAUCAAAAUCUUCCAAAUGAUACUAGUCCAUCUUUCAUUUUACCUACAUCAUCAAAACAAACCAAAGUUUCUACGUCGAAUAGUGUUAUGCAAAAUUCUCCUUCGCUUAUUACUUCUCAUAUACAACGUUGUGGGAUUAAUUCAUUGCUAAAUAAUAGCCAGUCAGAAGGACAUAAUAAACAACUGCCAACAACUGUUUAUCAAUCUAAUCAUCCGUCAUCAAUUCCAAUCAGGCUUGUCUCUUGUAAUAUUUCACAAUAUAAACGACAAACUCAACAACAAUAUGAAAUAACAAAACGACCAAAAUGUAUUAAAUUUGAAGAAUAUUUCGAAGAAUAUUAUCUACCAAAAUGGUGUUUAACUUAUACAAGUGAAUUUAAACAUCAGAAAAAUAAAUAUUGA